AUGCCCCUCGAAAGCUGCAUGCUCAUCCUCGACAACAGCGAGUACAUGCGCAAUGGCGACUGCCCCCCCACCCGCUUCCAGGCCCAGGCAGAGGCAGUCCAGACACUCUUCACAGCCAAGACAGACGCAAACCCCGACCCCUCGCUCCUCGUCACCCCCACCAACGACCUCGGCCGUCUCCUCCAUGCCCUCUCCAAAGUCCUCAUCUCCUCCCUCCCCCAACUCUCCACCGCCAUCUCCAUCGCCUCCCUCGCCCUCAAACACCGCGAGAACAAGAACCAGCGCCAACGCAUCGUCGUAUUCGUCGCCUCGCCCUUGUCCGAGACUGCUGACGAGCUCGUCAAGCUCGGCAAGAGGUUGAGGAAGAAUAACGUCGUGGUCGAUGUGGUCACGUUCGGAGACGAGGGCCGGGAGAAUGAUGACAAGCUGCGGGGAUUGGUGGAUGCUGUGGGGAGUGACGAGUCUCAUCUCGUUUCUGUGCCCCCGGGGGAGAGCUUCCUCUCGGACGUUAUUGCGAGCUCGCCCAUUCUGUUUGAUGGUGAGAAUGCGCCUGCGGGUGGUGCGGCUGGUGCGUUUGGAGACGAUUUGGACCCUUCGCUCGACCCGGAACUUGCCAUGGCCAUUCGAAUGUCAUUACAAGAAGCAGAAGCCCAGGCGGCCGCCGCCGCCCCCGCCGAGUCUUCCUCCUCCGGCGGCGCCCAACUCCCACCAUCCAUCACCCAACCCCUGUCCACCUCUGACGACGUUCAAAUGGCCCCCGGCGAUGCUUCCGCUUCCGCCCCCGCCCCCGCCCCAGCUGAUCCCAAGGUCCAAUCCGCUCUCUCUGGUACUGGCGCGGCGUCUACCGGUCCUGCGCUUGGCGGAACAGCGGGAGGGGAGCAGGAGGAGGAAGAUGAAGAGCUCGCAGCGGCCCUCCGCCUGAGUAAAGGUGAAGAUGUGGAGAUGGGCGAAGGGGAGGAGGAGGAGGAUGAGGAUGCUGCUAUUGCUAGGGCCAUCGCUAUGAGUUUGGAGCAGGGGGAGAAGAAACAAUAA